UCUCCCAUCAGGCCAUGCGCACUAUAACUGCCCCCCCCCCGUGGCGCCGGAGCAUUGUGGGAUUGGAUGAGUCUCAAGAUGGACAACCGGGAUGUUGCAGGAAAGGCUAACCGAUGGUUUGGGGUUGCUCCCCCCAAGUCUGGAAAGAUGAACAUGAACAUUCUUCACCAGGAAGAGCUCAUUGCUCAGAAGAAACGGGAAAUUGAAGCCAAAAUGGAACAGAAAGCCAAGCAGAAUCAGGUGUCCAGCCCUCAACCUCCACAUCCUGGCGAAAUUGCAAAUGCACACAACUCUUCCUGCAUUUCCAACAAGUUCGCCAAUGAUGGCAGCUUCUUGCAGCAGUUUCUGAAAUUGCAGAAGGCACAGACCAGCACAGACCCGCCCCCUAGCACGACCAGCGCUCCUCCCAGCACACCCACCCCCAGCACCGGGAAGAGGCCCCUCCUGCUCAGCAAGCGGUCGGGCCUGGGACUAGGCAGCCCACUUGGCCAGGUGAAGAACUACUCACAUGCCAAGCAGCUCCCUGUGGCACACCGGCCAAGUGUCUUCCAGUCUCCUGAUGAGGAGGAGGAGGAGGACUACGAGCAGUGGCUGGAAAUCAAAGUUUCACCCCCAGAGGGAGCCGAGACUCGGAAAGUGAUAGAGAAAUUGGCCCGCUUUGUGGCAGAAGGAGGCCCUGAGUUAGAAAAAGUAGCUAUGGAAGACUACAAGGAUAACCCAGCAUUUGCAUUUUUACAUGAUAAGAAUAGCAGGGAAUUCCUUUACUACAGAAAGAAAGUGGCUGAGAUAAGAAAGGAAGCACAAAAGUCACAGGCAACCUCUCAGAAAGUUUCACCCCCAGAGGAUGAAGAGGCCAAGAACCUUGCAGAAAAGUUGGCCAGGUUCAUAGCAGAUGGGGGUCCUGAAGUAGAAACUAUCGCUCUUCAGAACAACCGUGAGAACCAGGCAUUCAGCUUUCUAUAUGAACCCAACAGUCAAGGGUACAAAUAUUACCGGCAAAAGCUGGAGGAGUUCCGGAAAGCCAAGGCAGGCUCCACAGGCACCCUCACAGCACCUGACCCCAGCCUGAAGCGCAAGUCCCUUCCUGAGGUCCCAUCAGGGUCCUUGCCUCCAGCCACUACCUGCCCUGCCUCAUCUUCCCCUGCACCCACCACCACCCCAGCUCCAACUGUCCCUGGUAAGCCACCCUCCACAACCACUGUGAAGAGGAAGCGGAAGAGCCGGUGGGGACCUGAAGAGGACAAGGUUGAGUUGCCACCUGCUGAGCUGGUGCAGAGGGAUGUGGAUGCCUCUCCUUCACCUCUGUCAGUUCAGGACCUCAAGGGGCUUGGCUAUGAGAAGGGGAAGCCUGUAGGUCUGGUGGGUGUCACAGAACUCUCAGAUGCCCAGAAAAAACAGCUGAAGGAGCAGCAGGAGAUGCAACAGAUGUAUGACAUGAUCAUGCAACACAAGCGGGCAAUGCAGGACAUGCAGCUGCUGUGGGAGAAGGCACUCCAGCAACACCAGCAUGGCUAUGACAGCGACGAGGAGGUAGACAGCGAGCUGGGUACCUGGGAGCACCAGCUGCGGCGCAUGGAGAUGGACAAGACACGGGAGUGGGCAGAGCAGCUGACAAAGAUGGGCCGGGGCAAACACUUCAUUGGAGACUUCCUGCCCCCUGAUGAGCUGGAAAAGUUCAUGGAGACAUUCAAGGCCCUAAAGGAGGGUCGAGAGCCUGACUACUCAGAGUACAAGGAGUUCAAGCUGACUGUGGAGAACAUCGGUUACCAGAUGCUGAUGAAGAUGGGCUGGAAGGAGGGCGAGGGGCUGGGCUCAGAGGGUCAGGGCAUCAAGAACCCAGUGAACAAGGGCACCACCACGGUAGAUGGUGCUGGUUUUGGCAUUGACCGACCAGCUGAGCUCUCCAAGGAGGACGACGAAUAUGAGGCCUUCCGCAAGAGGAUGAUGUUGGCAUACCGCUUCCGGCCCAAUCCCCUGAACAACCCCAGAAGGCCUUACUACUGAAUAUUCUGGAGAAACACAAGUCUGCGUUCUGAGCGACAGUCUCUGGGCUGUGGGGUGUGCUGGCCUGCGUUUCUGCCCAUCCCUACCUUUAUGAGCGUCAUGCCGUGUAUUAAAGUCCCAGUGCUCACCCAC